AUGACCACAGCAGCAUCGCCAGAGUUUAUGCAGUUUGUAAAUUACAUGCAAUGUUCGUUAUCCGACACAAAUUCAACCAUUCUUACGAAUUUAUACGUAAAUUUCAACAGCUAUCAACCACCCGUUCGUUGCGGUAGUUUUGCAGAAAAAUUUAUCUUCUGGAAACAGCUGUAUGAUCAAUAUGCACAAGAACAGGAAAAAAUCGCAAACGCUAACCUUUUCGCGUCCCAAAUUCAACCGUCUGACCCACGUCUAAAAGCCAUCAAAACUGAACUGCCCGAAGAUCUAACAAGUUUGUGUGUCAAAAGCGAAGACACUCAGCUGUUUCAGACUUUUGAUUUAAAAAAUGAAACCCCUACAACGCCACAAUCACAACACAAUUCCUCGGACGCCUGCAACACCGAAAUUAAAAGUGAGUAA